AUGUUCGCGCUCACGAACGUCUUGCACUUGUCGAGCAAGCAAGAUGACUUCAAGCGGGCCGUGGCACUUACUGUCAGGAAGCAGUUGGCGCAUUUCGACCCUGGUCUAGCUCCACCGAGCGAGGAUGCACCUCACCGCUUGCAGGCUUCGCAUUUGAUUCAUGCGCUCGUCAUCGAUCGGUCAGUGCGGCACGAGUUCUCCAAUCCGUUGUCCAAUGCCAGCCAGGAUGACAUCGUUAAGAAAGGAAUGCAGCUUUUUUCAGCCUUGACUGGGCCGUGGCAGCACAAGCGGAUCCGCCAUGACUGCGGUGGGUGCCCCGAUUGCCCGUGCGGAAAGACAUUAGAAGGCGCUAGAGGAUACGUCAUCGAGUUGCUCUUUUGGCUGUUCUUCGAGUUGAUGGGCGACAGGCCUGCGCUUGGUCGCUGGGUUGGUCUGGGGCCUUGCUGCUCGUGGCUAGGUGCGUGCUUAGUGAUCCACGAUGUAUUCAGGCAGGCGUGGUUGCUUGCCUUUUCCAAGCACUAUGGCGGGCGCGCCCAGGCGGGCGCGGAUAUCGACGACGCGGCAUUGGGCAACGAGCACUUUACAGCCAUUGUCGGCAGGCGCGUCAAGAAGGUGAAUGACUUCGUGGUGGACGACUCGAGGUGCAGCAAGGUUCUUGCGCUGGCUCUGGUCAGCAAGCCAGUGGAUGACUUAACGUUGAAUCUGCUUCGACUGGAUUCUAUGGGCCGCAUCCUGUGUGACCUGACUUCGAAGAGCAUGAAUCCCGUCCAGACGGCGCAGAGGGCUUUCGUUCGCGAGCUCGCGAGCAAGCAGGUCGCCAAUGCCGUCUCGAGCUUCUUCCCACUCACGGAGGAUAAGCAGCGCGACCACAUGUCCGUUGUGAGGACGAUGUUGGUACAAUUGGGCGCUGCAGUCAGCUUCCGCCUGGGAAUGUACUUCGAUGACUUCCCCUUCAAGCUCUUGCACUGCAUUCACCCAGAUCGCGGGCCUGAGGAAAAACAUGCAGCGGCUGACCAUUUCUACGACACUCCAAGGUGUUGCCUUGACCCGUUCUUCUCUGCUCGGCUUCGCGACCUUUUCGAGACCGCUUUCGAUUUCGCCUCUGAUCUCAACGUGCGGAAGGUGUUGCAGGCGUGGAUGAACAGGGGGAAAGUGACUACUGGACACAUAGAGCGCGGGCACGGGCGCGACAGGGUUUCUUUCGAAUCGACCCGGAGGACGAGGCGGCACGUCGAACCUGCGAUCUACCAUAGCCAUUGUCGAGGAUUGAUGCACUGGCACGUGAAGCUUGGCGGUCGCAACUACACGCUGGAACAACAUACAUCGCAUUUUGCCAGCGCCCGAUUUGGCCUCAGGCUGGACAAGUUCAACAAGAGGCGAAUUGUUCGAGACGCUAGCGGCAAGGCACGCCGUGUCUCUGUGCGGCCAGAUGAGCGCUGCAAACGCCCGAGGGGGAAUGACGCCGGGAGCGAUCGAGUGAGGUUUGUCAACGAUCAGUCCAGGGUCGCCAAGAGAUUGCGCGGGGGCAAGCGGCAGCCUAGGGCUUCGGAGACGAGGCAACGGCAGCAGUGGGGCAAAGACUGGGACGACAUGGGCGGUGAUGCUCGGGAGAGGUGGUCAUCCAUUCACCCUUCAGCUCGGCUCCUGAACGACGUGCCCAGUGACGCCCCUCCAACGCAGCGAGUGCCCGAUGAUAUCUUGGACAUCCUGGAGGGCGGCGACGCUGGCCCUGGAGAUCACGGGCAGACCAGCGCUUGGCAGCAUAGUCGCGCACUGGCCCCGCUGGUAAUUGGCGACGAUACUUGGCCCGUCGACGUCGGCGGCUUCGAGUCUCACUUGGCGGCGCGCGCCGCGGAGUUCGGGUUCACCGAGUGGCGCGGCGGUAUUCAAGCUGUUGGCGAGGCUUGUAGACCAGCGCUGCGGAACGCGAUGUGCGUCGACUGUGACCCAGCAUUGAAUCCCGUCCUGGUGGUGCCCGUGGCCUGUCGCGAGAAGCACCCCGGGCUGUGCUGCACGCGGGAUGCCGACAUCUACGACGAGACGCUGGCACUUGCAGAUGAAAUGCAUCGCCACAUGCACGGCCUAGCGGCAGGCACGUACGUGGGGUUCCACGCGACCGUGUACUCCAACAUUUUCUGCUUAGGAGUGGCCCGGCUGAGGGACCCAGCAGUGUGCAUCUUGACAGAGGUUGGCAUCGACACAGACACGGAGCCUCAUCGCUUGUUUUUUGACAUUGAUGUUGAGGCGGAGACUUUCAGAUUUCUUACAAGCUACAGCAUCGCCAGGGAGCUGAUCACGGCGUUCCGCACCGUGAAGGACGACGUGAUGAUGACGGUGUUCGACGUGACGAGCUUGAGAGACAACCCUUGCGAUGUCGAG